CCUAAACCUAUAAUUUUGGAGGAAAUUGUGCUCCAAAUAAAACCCUCCGUCGUCUCUCGAAACCAAUUUCCCGGUUCCGUUACUUCUUCUCAGUCACCGGAGACAGCUGCCGGCUGACGCCCGGCCUUAACUGUUUCUCUCGUACAGAACACAAAUCCUAGAAGAAGCGAGGAUGCAGCGCGCCAGCAAGGAUCUUUUGUAUUUGGAGCGGAAGAAUUUAUCCUCUUCAUCCCUAGAGUCCUCACUGCUAGUCUGUAAAAAGGACUCAACUUCCAAGCAGCCCUGUCGGAAUGAAAAACCCAUUACAAAUUCGGCUUCAAAAAGCCAAGUGUUGGGAAGAGUCAAAGACUUCUUAGGAGUAAUAUCAGAAGCUAAUAAAAAGCUGCAACUGGAUGCAAAGGACAAUUCUGAAAAAUAUGAUAUUGAAGCACUUGAUGGCAAUGAAUCAGAAGUUAUUGAAAUGGAUUUGAUGUUGGGUGUUGCCGAUCUUCAUACUCCUGAAGCUGUGGCUGCUGCUGAAUCUGCAAUAGUUGGUAAUCAGCCGGUGAUUCCUUUGACUUGUAGUAGUAGUAGUGAAUCGGAGUCUGAAGAGAGUAGUGGUGAUAGUAUUAGCAGCGACGACGAUAAAGAUGACGAUGACAAGGGUCACAAUCAGAAUAGUGACCACAGUAACAGAUCAUCAGUUAACUUCAAAAGAUCCAAGUCCAAAAAAACCAGUCGUUCAAGUAAAAGCAAAAGAAAAGGUAAAUCAAUAAAGCGCCCGAAGAUUCAAGAGCUCUCUUGAGAGCCAUUUUUCGAUUAUUUGGUGUGUCAAUAUGGAUGCCCCAUUACAGUUUCAAGGUUUGGUUCACUGGGAGUAUAUGAAGUUUUCUGGGGCUUGCAUAGACAAAAUCACCAAGGUUGACCGCCCGCCGAGUCCUUUAGCAGCUCGGGUAGGCAGCAAUUUUGCUCGAACUUGUGAUUUCAAGUUAUUUCUUCCUUCACCUUUUAUCAUGAGUGCAAGUGCUUUUGCUUGGGAGAGGGAAUAGGUGCUGUUUUAUACAUUUCUAUUUAGGAACUGGAAUAUAAUUAAGUUGUUGGAAUUUUCCUUGGUCAGUUUUCCAAUGUUGUUUUUAUACUUGAUGUCUAAUAGCCAAAUUAAGAGAUUUUUGUUCUUUUCA